AUGUUGAAAAGAAUGGGGUUGGUGUCUUUUGAGGAUGUUGCUGUGGACUUCACAUGGGAGGAGUGGCAGGACCUUGAUGAUGGUCAGAAGACUUUGUACAGGAAUGUGAUGCUGGAGACCUACAGCAACUUGGUGUCAUUGGGGCACUGCAUUACCAAACCCAAACUGAUCUUCAUGUUGGAGCAAGAAGCAGAAGAGCCUGAUUGGAUGCAUGCUGGAGAUAAAUCUGAUGAGGGUAAUAUAACUGGGAAGUUGUGGAGACAUUGUGAGCAUCUUAAUCAGAAUUCCAAGAUUCAAGCUCAGCAGCAGGCUUUUGAUUAUAGUGGACAAUGGAAAUCCUUAACACAGAAAAAUACAGAAGAGAAACCCUAUAAACGUAGUGAAUGUGAUAGAUCAUUCAUGAAGAAAUUACCCCUUACAAUCUGUAAGAGAACACAUAGAGGGGAGAAGCUAUAUGUGUGUAAUGAAUGUGGGAAAGCCUUUUACAAAACCUCAAACCUCAGCAAGCAUCAGAGAAUACACACAGAUGAGAAACCAUGUGAAUGUAAAGCAUGUGGAAAAACUUUCUACUGUAAAUCAUGCCUCAGUGUACCUCAGAGAACUCACACAGGUGUGAGACCAUACGAAUGUAGUGAAUGUGGAAAAACCUUUCAUGAGAAGUCAAACCUCCGCAAGCAUAAGAGAGUUCACACAGGUGACAAACCAUAUGAAUGUAAAAAAUGUAAGAAAGCUUUCAACCGUAAGUCACACCUCAGGAUACAUCACAGAUCUCACACAGGUGAGAAACCAUAUGAAUGUAAAGAAUGUAGAAAAACUUUCUACUGUAAAUCACAUCUCAGUGUACAUCAGAGAACUCAGACAGGUGAGAAACCAUAUGAAUGUAAAGAAUGUAGAAAAACUUUCUACUCUAAAUCAAACCUCAGUGUACAUCAGAGAACUCACACAAAUGAGAAACCAUAUGAAUGUAGUAAAUGUGGAAAAACCUUUCACAGGAAGUCAAACCUCAGCAGGCAUCAGAGAAUUCAUACAGGUGAGAAACCAUAUGAAUGUAAAGAAUGUAGAAAAACUUACUCCAGUAAAUCAUGCCUCAAUGUACAUCAGGGCACUCACGCAGGUGAGAAACCAUAUGAAUGCAGUCUGUGUGGGAAAACCUUUCACAGGAAGUCAUAUCUUACCAGACAUCAGAGAAUUCACACAGGUGAGAAACCAUAUGAAUGUAAAGAAUGUAGAAAAACUUUCUACUGUAAAUCACAUCUCAGUGUACAUCAGAGAACUCAGACAGGUAAGAAACCAUAUGAAUGUAAAGAAUGUAGAAAAACUUUCUACUCUAAAUCAAACCUCAGUGUACAUCAGAGAACUCACACAAAUGAGAAACCAUAUGAAUGUAGUAAAUGUGGAAAAACCUUUCACAGGAAGUCAAACCUCAGCAGGCAUCAGAGAAUUCAUACAGGUGAGAAACCAUAUGAAUGUAAAGAAUGUAGAAAAACUUACUCCAGUAAAUCAUGCCUCAAUGUACAUCAGGGCACUCACGCAGGUGAGAAACCAUAUGAAUGUAGUCUGUGUGGGAAAACCUUUCACAGGAAGUCAUACCUUACCAGACAUCAGAGAAUUCACACAGAGGAGAAGCCCUAUGUGUGUAAUUAAUGUGGAAAAACUUUUCACCAGAAGUCAAACCUCAGCAAGCAUCAGAUAAUUUACACAUGUGAGAAUCCAGAUGAAUAUAAAGAAUAUAGGAAAACUUUCUACAGUAAAGCAGACCUCAGUGUAUAUCAUAGAACUCACACAGUUGUGAAACCGUAUGACUGUACUGAAU